ACAGUUCUCCUUUUCUUCGAUAAUUUUGGUCUCAAACUGCUUUGAAUCUUGUGAAAAUUUUACAAGAAAGAAAAGAACAAGAUGACGCCUCUUUUGUUUACGAUGCUCGCAAUCGAGAUAGGAAUGAUCAUGAUCCUCCUGUUUCACUCACCUUUGAGGAACUUGGUCAUGAUGGGGUUGGAUCGUUUGAAGCAGGGCAGAGGUCUCGUGACCUCAAGAACCGUUGCGGCAACAUUAUUUGUAGUAUUUGUAUUUAAUGUAUACAGUAUCGUCAAAACUCAAAAGCGCAUGAUGGACGUUGGAUCCACUAAUCCAACGGAUCAGGUUCUUAUGGCUAAUCAUGUUCUCGAGGCAUCACUCAUGGGGUUUUGUCUGUUCCUGGGAUUGAUGAUAGAUAGAAUUCAUUACUAUGUCAAAGAGUUAUGGUUGUUGAGAAAAAGUUUGAAAGCGGUUCAUAGUCAGAUAGGUGAUUCUGAUCUGAUUCCAUCCGUCAACAAAAUCAAGAAAACUCGUGAGACGUAAUCAGAUUGAAUCAAUCUUCAUGUAAAUAAUUCAUCCUUGAACUAAAUGACUGAAAGACGUAGUCAGAUUGUAUUUUACGAGAGUUUAUGUUUUCAGUUAUCAUUGUUCAGUAAAAUACAUAUAUCUGAAUUUAAUUUGUGUAAUUUAUAAAAAAACAAAUU